CGCAUUUCGAUUGUCACCCCAAUUCCGCCUCUUCCCUCCCCAAAAAUUAAAAACAAACAACAAACGAGACCGAGAGCCCAAAAUGACGUCGACAAUCGGAAUUCCUAUCAAGCUUCUGAACGAGGCGCAAGGCCAUAUCGUUACUCUCGAGAUCACCUCAGGCCAAACCUAUCGCGGCAAGCUACUUGAAGCCGAGGAUAAUAUGAAUGUGCAACUUAGGGAUAUUACUGUCACGGCCCGCGAUGGACGAGUAAGCCACUUGGAUCAGGUCUAUAUCCGCGGCAGUCAUGUGCGAUUCUUCAUCGUCCCAGACAUGUUGAAGAAUGCACCUAUGUUCCGUAGUCGCAACGCCAGAGGUCGCGGUGUCGGUCUAGCCCGAGGACGAGCGACGGUCAGCAGGGCGCGGGCGAGCGGGCGUGGAGGACGAUGAACGGGGUCGGAUUAGGAAACGUGU